AUGUUUAACGGUGCCGCCGCAGGCUCGCCCGUUCCUUCUGAUGACUCGGCCUCGGACCUGAAGAACGGGAUCGCUGGUCCCUCGAAGCCGCGCAUCCUCCGCGGCACGCGCUCGCCGCCACCGCCGCAGACGACUCCCGAGCAAUCUCAAUCUGAAACGGAUGACGCGAAGUAUACACAUUUCAGGUUCACACAGCCACAGUUCACUACGGAAGAAGUGCGUGCUGCAUGGACCCAGGCGGGUGGGGAUGUUCGCAAGGCCUCCGACUUGCUGAACGAUCCCAACUGGAAGCCACCUUCGUCGAGCCCAUCGAGCCAUGCGGCGCAGAAGUCGCGGUCCCAGGAGGUUGGUCGUGUCAAGGAGAUUGACGAUGCGAAGCAAGCGGAGCGGAUGGCAAUUCGUGAGAAGGGUAAGAAGUCUAUGAUCUACAUGGCGCGACCGGCAGGGGAGGGCAAGCCUCCGUCGAAGCCUGCUUCUGUCACACAGAAAGCAGCAUUGCCACCAUUCGCGCACACUCCAGCUAGUCCUGUGGUAACACAGCCUCGCACGAAGCGUGUCAAGAGGAAGAUCAUUGAUUCUGAUUCGGAGGACGAGUUUGUGGGUGGGCGAGAUGAUGCAUCUCUAGCUAAAAGACUGAAAGAAGAGUCCAACCAUGAAACUCGUGCCUUGAAAUACAUGAAUUCGGCUGCGGCAGAGGCUCUCCAAGAACUUACUGGUUGCACGGCACCGCAGGCGCGGAAAAUAAUUGAAUUGCGGCCCUUCUCGGACGUCGACGAGUUGCGGACCAAGCUCGGUCAAGGCAAGAAGAAGGCAGGACCCGCAGGUAUAAGUUCCCGCAUGUUCGAUGAUUGUGCCACCAUCUUCGAGGGGUACGGUAGGGUCGAUAGCAUCCUUGAAGAUUGUGAGCAGACCGGAGCAGAACUCAAGGCCGAAAUAGCGAGUUGGACGGAGAGUGCACGUCACAAGUCGAACAGCAGAGGCAGUGUCGUGUCGCCUCGAGGCACACCGUCCGACGAUGAAUUCGCCGCCGACGGGGCGUUGACCUUGCGGUCACAGGCACUUGUAGUGGACAACAGGCCAAGCUAUUACUUCACGUCACAGCCAGCGUUGGUAUCGCCUGAGGUUCAGCUGAAAGAGUACCAGAUGGUGGGGAUCAACUGGCUGAAUCUCUUGUACAACAAGGGGCUGAGUUGUAUCCUCGCCGACGAGAUGGGUCUUGGAAAGACUUGCCAGGUCAUCAGCUUCUUGGCGCAUCUCAAGGAGCAGGGCAGCCAGGGCCCCCAUCUCAUCGUCGUACCAUCAUCGACCUUAGAGAAUUGGCUCCGUGAAUUCGACCGCUUUGCACCGAGCAUUUCUGUCACGAGCUAUUACGCUGGCAAGGAGGAGCGAGUGGAACUCCGACAGACUCUGUUGGACACUCAGCGAAGUCGGCAAGAGGACGGGUGGGAGGUCCUCAUCACGACCUACAAUCUUGCACAAGGCGACGAUAAGGAUCGUAAAUUCUUCAGACGCAUUCAGUGGGAUGUCUCUGUGUUUGACGAAGGACACGUCCUGAAGAACUUCCAAUCUCAGCGUUACCAAACGUUGCUGCGCUAUGAGUCGAAAUGGCGCCUUCUGUUGACAGGAACGCCUCUGCAGAACAACCUGCAGGAAUUAGUGGUCCUCAAAGACUUGCCAAAGAAGAGUGAACGUAUCGAAUGGUGUGAAAUGACACCACUGCAGAAAACUAUCUACAAUGAGACACUGCAGCGGUCUCGCAAAACCAUCUUUGACGCCGAGGCAGAAGCUCAAGCAACAGGAGAGACGAUCGCCAAUGGCAAGGCCCCGAAGAAAGGCCGUGCUAACGGAAAACAGAAGGACAAGGUGUACCUUGAGAAUAGUUCCAAUGUUCUGAUGGACCUCCGUAAGGCGGCUUCACAUCCUAUGCUCUUCAGGCGACGCUUCACCGACGACACGCUCGCCUCGAUCACGAAGUUGCUGCUGAAGGAACCGGACUUCAAGAGGAGAGGUGCCGUGUUCCGCUUCGUCAAAGAAGACAUGGAAGUUAUGACGGACGCGGAGUUGCAAUUGUUCUGUGCGACGAAGUACUUGCAACCCGACGAUUGCUACCUUCAAGCCGGCAAGGUCAAAGUACUCUUGCAGUUGCUAGAACGCUAUCAUGCGGAGGGCCGACGAGUCCUCAUCUUCUCGCAGUUCACCCAAAUCCUGGAUAUCCUGCAGAAGGUGCUAGAGAAGGAGGGUAUCCGGUUUUCACUACUCACUGGGGCCACUCCUGUCGAUGCAAGGCAAUCUCUAGUCGACGAGUUUACUGAUGACGAGAGCAUUUCUGUCUUCCUCCUCUCUACCAAGGCAGGCGGUAUGGGCAUCAAUCUCACGGCAGCCAGUGUCGUCAUCAUGUUCGACCAGGAUUUCAACCCUCAUAAUGACAAGCAGGCGCAGGACCGGGCCUAUCGGAUAGGUCAAAAACAAGACGUUGAUGUUGUCAAGCUCAUCACGAAAGGAUCUAUCGAGGAAGAUAUGCUCGCGCUGGGCCAGACGAAAUUGGCACUAGACGAAGCCGUCGCGGGUGAGGAAGGGGAUGAGAGAGUAGAGAGAGAGAUCAAGACAUCCUUGAUGAAUGUUGUGCGCAAGAAGCUGGAGGAAAAGCCGGAGGAUGCGGUCCCUGCCGCCGAUGCGGGAGCUGCAAUCGAUCCCGGCAGUCCUUUGAGCGAUUUGGACGAUAACUAA